AUGAAUUUUUUGACGCCAGUGAUGCACAGGAUGGUCUCCCAGGGCUAGAAGGCCAGAAUCGUUAAGGAAUGAUUAAGGUACUGUGUACACAGCUCCAUUCAUCAUCACUAUCAGCGGAACUAAAUUGUUAAGAUGACGUUGGAUGUAUGUUAAUAUUAUGACAUGAUUAUGAGUGAUAUGAUGAUUAUACAAUGAUAAUUUAAUAAUUGAAUGAACGAUCUUGUAGAAUCUAGUGGAUAGUGAGGACAGUAUGAGCCGGGCAGGAUUCAGGAUUGGCGUAUGAACUCGCCGAACAGGAGUGGCUCUUACUCCGUGAUUGUAAUUAGGUAGGGAGGGAUAUAUGAGCCGGGCAUGAUUGGCGUAUGCACUCGUCGCCCAGGAGUGGCUGUUACUCCAUGAAUUAUGUUGGCAAAGGAAUUAUGAUUCAAAUACAAAGAUACUCAAUUAAGGAAUAGUGAGAAUGUUCGAGUCGGGCAGGAUUGGCAUGUGAGCUCGUCGCCCACGAGUGGCUCAAACAUUUCUAUUAGGCAUUGCUAAUAGAAAUGUUUGUAUUAAACCACACAUUUGUGGUUGUGAAGGAAGUAGCUUCCACACAUAGGGAGGGUGUUGGAAGAGGAUCUCAGUGCUGUAUGAACUCAUCACUCAGGAGAGGUUCCAUGCAUCGCAGUCAUGACAGUGGGACAGUCGGUGCGAAUGACUCUCUCUCUUCAUGGCUAUAAUCAGAGUUACAGAGUAAUGUUAGACCUCGAGAGUAUAAGAUAUUGAACUGUAUAUAAUCAAUGGUUGUGUAUACAUAUCACGUGUAUAUGUCGUGUUUGUAUUAUUUAGAUUGUAGUGCACUUGUGAUGUGAUAAGUUUUAGCGCAGUUACUUGCCAACAAACAGUUCUCAGUUUGGCAAGAUCUAAAUUUUUGUUAUCAAGUGUACCCAAAAUAACUACAAUAAAUCGAAAAAAAAAAAACUAAUGUAAGUGACUGAUAUUUAUAAGUACGUGUAAAAGAAUAAAGUACCAUUUAAAACAAAGAGACUCGUUUCUGAAGGAUAGCCGACUGUUACGUGACUAUCAAUAUUGCUAGUGGCAACACUACUGUUAACGUCAUGGUGAAUGAAUGACAGCUUCACAUCCAGUCGGUCACGUUUGACAGAUGACACUUCGGAACGAGCCGUCUUCUAGUAAGGGGUUGUCCAUUAAUCACGUGAGGCUUGAAAGGGGGGGGAGGGGUUUGAUAAAAAUCACGAAAAUAACACAAGGGGGAGGGGGGGGGGUGUGUAGUAAGAUAUCUCGUGUAUUUAUUUUUUCGUCAAACGCGCGAUUUUUAAACAAAUAUUAAGCGGCACGGCGCGGCGUGUAGUGACCUUGACUCGCCGUUGCCAGGCAAAGAACGGAGGCCUAACGCGCACGCGCCGCCGGCCGCCCGGCUCGGCAUGCAGUCGACAGUUAUUCUGUUGUUUUGGCGCCGAAUACAUGCGUAAACCGUUACCUUGUACGUUUUUCAUUAAAACAAUGUUUAAAGUAGGUGAUCUGUAUAAAGACCUUUUCGCCGAGUAUAAGAAAGGAAAAAAACCGCCGAAAGCACCAAGCAAAGAAGUCUUCCAAUAUUCUCUAUUAUUGUUCUAAUUCUAAAAAGGUAAGUUAUAACUAGUAUUUGUCUGUUUAAGGGCAUUGUCCUAAUAAUUACGACUUCAUCUAUAGUUUAUUUGUAAUAUCAAUGUUAUUGUUAAAUCUUCCAACAUUUUUGAUAGGUAAUUUAAGGAAAAAAUAUAGAUAAAAUAUGUAUAGCGUACUUUAAGUAUAACAUACUUAAAUCCAAAAGAUAUUUUUUUAUUUUUAGAUUAUAAAGAAGUUAUUUAAAUAAUCUCUAGGUUUUUAAUAGUUUUAGCUAGUCAUUGGCGCACAGGAAUGUUAUAUUCCAUUCCAUAAAAAAUGCUGAAUAAACAUCACGUGACCCAUAUGCCUACAUAUCACCGAUCGCUGAACUCUAAAAAAGUAGGUGUAUUGAGCUGAACCUUGUCUAUGAGGCAUGGGUUUAUCUAACGUAAAAAACAAAAUAAACCGUAAGUCGUGGUGGUUAUAAGGUGAAGGUUAUAUUACUAUUGUUACACAUUUUGCGCUUGUUUAUAUAUUAAUAUCUUGUCGCUUUGUGAAAACUUAAAACUAUUUAUGGAUCAUACUAUUGAACUGAAAAAUUUGCCUACUAAUGAACGGUGGCAGUAUGAUAUUGCAUACCUACAUAUAAUUACAUACACAUUAUUCUAGUGAAAAUACGAGGAUUGUGCAUGGUUUGUGUGCCGUUUCGAACUCUUAUUUUAAUAAAAGAAAAAAUAAAAUUACUGGAGAUGGUUAAUUUAUAAUAUAAUAUUUAUAAUAUAAUAUAAUUUGCACGAUAUUAUCUUUACUUACACGAUAAUAAUUAAAUUAUUAAUUUUCAGAAUGCCAGCGAAAAAAUUUCUGUUUUGCCAAUGACAUCCAAUGAGCCAAAUCUACCUGUAAAACUUCCUACGCCUGCGAUAUGCGUCUCACCGAUCGGUACCGAAAUUACUGACGAAGGCAAUGUCACUACUAAAAGUAGCUAGUAUUAUUAUAAUUCUAAAUAAGAAUUAGUAAUUUAGUUUAUAAACAUAAUUUCAAUGUUUUCUUGUUGUUUAAAUGUCGGUCAUUCCAGGUGCUCGGAAACGUAAAGGUGAAGAUUUGGAUUGUAGCGACGAGAAUUCACCCGAUACACCAAGUGCAAGCAGCUCUAUACUGCAGCCUGUACGUGCUACUCCAGCACAGGAUAAGUUGAAGAAUCAGAUUUCUCUUCUUCAAAUGGAAUUUGACUUAGCUGUUCGUCGUAGGGAUUUUCUGGGCGCCACUGAAAAUGAGACACGUGAUGUGACGAAACUGCGCCGAGAAAUUGAUAAAUGCACAAAAGAACUACGGAAGAAGGAGCAACAUAUGCGUCACUCCCAGUCACAUAGAUAAUCAAUAAAAUCAAAGAUUAAACUUGCUUGCAAUCAGAGUCCGAUUGUAGCUGAUCUUCUUAAGGCACGUUCUGCCCCAGGUCGCCCACGCCUAGAAGAGCAACAACCGCAAUUGCUAAAAACUAUUGUCGAUUUGGCUAUGUUUGGUGCUUCUGCGGAGGAACGGCGUCGCUCAGAAAUUGUUCGCAGUUGCCGAACACUUACUGACCUCCAUGAAAAGCUAAAGGAGCACGGAUUUCAAAUUUCGAAGAGUGGCACGUAUCUUCGAUUGCUCCCUAGAAAUUAUACCACCUUGGAGGGUAAAAGGCAUGUAGUCACUGUGCCUGUCAAAUUGAGUCGCCCUGAGGCAGAUCACCAUAAGGCUCAUGUCGAUCAACAUUUUUGUGUCGCCACAAUAAGAUCCUUGGAAACGCUGGCAUCUAUUCUCGGGCCAAAACAAGUGUUUUUUUUGUCCCAAGAUGAUAAAGCCCGGGUACCUAUAGGUUUGACAGCGGCAAAUAAACAAGCUCCUCUCCUGAUGCAUGUCGAAUAUCGUGUCUCAUUGCCUGAUCAUGAUUGGGUGAUUGCUACAAGGCACAAAUUGAUCCCUAGUGUAUAUGCUGGGUGCAUCAUAAAAGGAAAUGAUAUGGGCCGUGCUGAAGCAAUUACUUAUUCAGGGCCAACAUACGUGGCGAUUAUAAGUGGCAAACAUUCCUCUUCGACAGCUUCUACUCAUGCUGUGGACUUCAAUAAGCUUGCUACACUCAACAAUUUCAAGGAAAUUAUGCGGGAUGAAGAAGGACGCCUGAAACCAGUUGAUCUGAUUUCAUCUGAUGGAGGACCCGAUGAAAACCCGAGAUAUCCAAAGGUUAUUUCCCAUGCCAUACACCACUUUGUCAAGCAUGAUUUAGAUGCAAUAUUCAUUUUUACGAAUGCACCCGGCAGAAGCGCAUUCAAUCGUGUUGAGAGAAGAAUGGCGCCUUUAAGCCGGGAAUUAUCUGGACUCAUACUUCCGCAUGAUUCUUAUGGAACUCAUUUGGAUGAACAAGGGAGAACAAAAGAUCAUGAUCUCGAAAAAAUGAACUUUCAGAAGGCUGGAGAAGUUCUCACAGAAGUAUGGAAUAAUAUGGUUAUCGACGGCCAUGACGUCGUAGCAGAGUACCUCGAGCCCGAUGACACUACUGAAAGCUUUGUUCCAGACUUGCCUUCUCUGCAGUGGUAUAGCGAGCAUGUGCGAGAGAGCCAGUAUUUGCUUCAGGUGGUGAAGUGUGAUGACCACGCUUGCUGUGGAGAUUUGCGGAGUUCUCUUCGAUCUAUUCUUCCUGAACGCUUCGUUAUACCUCCUUACCCAAUUUUGCAGUCGUCUAGUGGUCUAUGUAUUCCGAAGCCUCAAGAGCAUGAUGGCAAGACGUUUGCUACAUUUCUUCUGCGUUGGUCUCUUGGAAUCACCCCAACGCAUGAGGGCUUUAACAAAUUGCCGUAUGACCUGUAUUGCCCUAGUCUGCAAAAGGAUCGUCGGCAACUUUUGGAAAGGACGUGCCAGUGGUGUGGAUUGUACUUCUGUACAAAGAAGAAAGUUAAGGAACAUGUAAAUUCAUGUCACAAGCAACCUAAUCCGAGCAGUAAUAGUGUAGAGAUGCACAAUGUUCGUCCUUCACGCAUCCUCACGCGACGAUCAAUCGGCAGAUCAAAAGAAAUUCUCUGCGUUGUGCGCGAAAAUGAUGACACCGAGUGGUUUGAUGAAACCGAUGUUGAUUUUCAACAAAGCACAGUGCCAACAACUGACCUGCAAGAUGCUUAUCCAGUUGUUAGUGUUGAAGAAUGUCUUGCUAAUCCGUGGUCCGAGGACAAUAUACAUUAAAUAUAUUCAUGUACUAGUACAAUACAUGUUUUUCCUAUGAUUACACUCUUCGUUUAUUAUUAUUGUUAUGGCAAUAAAAAAAACUUGCAACCUGGUGUAGACAUUUUUAUUAUGGUCCUUAAUUUCAGAAUAAAAUAAGAUUAUAGUUUAUACCUGUAUUUAAAUUAAGAUAAUAUUCAGAAAAUUUUAAGAUUCGUUGUAGGUACUAAAAAUACACGUGAUGUUGAGAAGGGGGAGGGGGGGGUGGUCUUAAACCUCACUACGUAUCACCAAUGGGGGAGGGGGGGUUAAAAAUGCUAAAAAAAAGAUGACGUGAUUAAUGGACACCCCCUAAGUAAGAUUAGUGAUAUUUGAUUUAAUUAUGAUAUCCGUGAGAGCUUUCUGUAAAGUAAACAUUUGGUGUGUAUCUUGUUGUUUUAAACUUCUAUCCCGAACACGUGAAAUGUCAAAAGUGACAAUCUGUUCAAGAUUAUGUGGAUGUAAAAACUAAAAAGAUGCGGAAAAUUAGAAAGUGCGUAAAAUCACAAUACAAAUAUACCCCCGAGAUUUAAUUUUACAGUUGAAAAGUCACACCGAAAUGUUACUUCCACACGAGUUCAAUAUUGUACAUCAAUAUAUGACUAUGAAAUUAAAAAAGGAAACAUUGAUAGAGCGGGAUGCUAUUAUUCAUGUUGACUUUAGUGGAAAUUACACUACUCAACACUUAAAAAAUAUCUGACCCAAUUCAUAUUAUUUCAUAAUAAGCUUGACCAAUAUAAAAAUACUGUAUGCAUUUUAUUUCGAUAUCACAUCUGGUUAUAGGGAUAAAUAUUUUUUUAUUUUUUUACCAACCUACAAAAGUUAAAAUGCGGGUAGUCCGGAAACUUAUUACUUUUGCAAAUGGAACAUAGUGCAUUUGUUAGUAUAUUAACUGACUUCUAAAAUGUCGCGAGUGUGUGUUAACAGUCCUGAUUUAUUUUGCUAUAUUUGUGGCGAGUUUACGCAGAAAUCGAAAAAAAAAACACUUUCUGACUUAAUUAAACAGUGCUAUCAAGCUUAUUUUAACCGUGUCUUAAGGAAUCAAGACAAGUCAUGGGUUCCUAAAGUGUGCUGCUUAAGAUGUUAUACAUAUCUCAAUGGUUGGUGUAAGGGAACAACUAAAAAAAUGCCAUUUGGUACGCCAAUGGUGUGGAUGGAGCCAACGAAUCAUGCCGUCGAUUGUUAUUUUUGUUUAACGCAAUUAAAGGGGUUUUCUGAAAAAUCAAAACGAAGUAUUAAGUAUGCCAACGUGCCAUCGGUAAUAAAACCUCAGCCACAUUCUGACGAGUUACCUGUUCCUGAGUGCCCAGUGAAUUUAAUUCAGACAGUUGAAGUCGACUCGAGUUCGACGGAUAGUGAAAAUAGCGAGGACCCCCAAUAUGUCCCAAAAUGUGCAUCUGAGCCACUUUUAUUGAAUCAAACUAGGCUUAAUGACUUAAUAAGAGAAUUAAAUUUACCCAUUGAUAAGGCAGAAUUAUUGACAUCCAGAUUACAGCAAUGGAAUCUAUGUGAAUCAGAUGUGAAGGUAUCUUUUUAUCGUAAACGACAUAGCUCACUGGUUCCGUACUAUUCUAAAGAAGAUGGCUUAGUUUUUUGCAAUGAUGUAAAUGGAUUAAUGGCACAGCUUGGGCAAAAUCAUGUAGCUGCUGAAUGGCGUUUAUUUAUUGAUUCCUCAAAAAGUAGCUUGAAAGCAGUAUUGUUGCAUAAUGGAAAUGAGUUACCGUCCUUGCCCCUCGCUUAUAGUGCUAAUUUGAAAGAAACUUAUGACGUUAUGAAACUUUUAUUAGAAAAAAUUAAAUACAGAGAUCAUAAAUGGCCAGUUUGUGCAGAUCUUAAAGUGGUUGCUUUGUUAACAGGCUUGCAGUCAGGCUAUACAAAAUAUUGUUGUUUUCUUUGCGAGUGGGAUAGCCGAGCUCAAGCUCAACAUUUUAUUAAAAAAGAUUGGCCAUUACGUCACUCUCUAGUAGUGGGCCAGAAAAACGUAAAAUUUGAACCAUUGGUUGAGCAAGAUAAAAUUAUUUUGCCGGCAUUGCACAUCAAACUGGGGCUCAUAAAAAAUUUUGUGAAAAAAAUAAGCAAAGAAGGUGCGGCUUUCCAGUUUCUCAAGCUUAGUGACGCGAAAAUUAAAGAGGGUGUUUUCGUAGGUCCAGACAUAAAAAAGCUGAUUCAAGAUCCAUCUUUUAUAUCUGCUCUCAAUAAUAUUGAAAAACAAGCAUGGAACGCUUUUGUCGAUGUCACUAACAAUUUCCUUGGUAACAAGAAAUCUGAAGAUUUUCGCGAAAAAAUAAAAGUUUUAUUGGACUGCUACUAUAAAAUGGGAUGCAAUAUGUCACUUAAGUUGCAUUUUCUUCACUCGCAUUUGGACUUUUUCCCUGAAAAUAUUGGAUCAGUCAGUGACGAACAUGGCGAAUGCUUUCACCAAGAUGUUGUUGCAUUUGAAAAGCGAUUUCAAGGCAGAUGGGAGCCUGCUAUGCUCGCGGAUUACUGUUGGAGCCUUAUUAGAGAGACCCCUGCUACUGAGUACAAAAGAAAAGCCAGCCACUCCAAAAAAACUACGCCAUUUCAAUUAAAAUUACAAUAAAAUUAUGGAAAAUUCGUGAUUUCGGACAUGGAUGUUUAUCUGGACAUUGAGAUGUGAUGGUGUGUGUAUAUUUGCAUAUUUUUAUUACUUUAGUGGCAAGAAAUAGUAAUCACAUAAUGCGACCUCAGAUAAAAUCAAAAGUUGAAAAUUUGUUGAGUAGUGUUAUCAAACCAAAUUCACUGAUGAAGUGCAAUCGUUCCAUUUUGGAGGGUCGAGGAAGCAGAUAAGCAUCCAUAUGGUCGUGGUGUAUACCAAAGAAAAUAAUGGAGAGUAACAUUGCUCCUGUUAUUGCACCUUAUCAAAAAAAAAAUCACAUUCACCACCAGCAAGUGGGCACAUUUGCAGUCUUUUCUGUACAGCCUUCCCGCACAAAUCGAAAACUUGCAUUUCCUAAGUAAUGGACCGGUCACACAAUACUGUAUUACAGACCCACCAACUUAUCUGUGAAAUGGAGAAAAUGGGAACUACGGCCGCCAUGCUGAAAUGUCAUUCGAUUGUCGAUGUCUACUACAUUCAGGUGUUCUGUGUUUUCUGUUGCGAUAUUUCUACAUUUUCAGUGUUUAAUAUGCCGAAAGCGAUUAAAAGUGAUGCGCGAAGCAUCAUUCUUAACCCUAGAUAACUAAACAUUCGUUCACGCGACUACGCCCCUGUUCAAGAACGUCAAGUGCACUUACUUCUCCGCACCCCGUUCCCGUCAUGCUUUGUUUACCUUUCUGAUUGGUGCGAAUAAUUCAGCGGGUGAUGCGGUUGCGCUCACACGAUAAUUUGGAAGUGACCUAUGGCUACAUCGUCGUCAGGUUGACGAAAGUUUAGUUACUAGGUACGUGAAUUUGCAAAGGUAUGUACAAUUAUUUUUUUAUAUUAUUUGUUAUUUAUACAAGGCUACCACGAACUUUUUUAUAUUAUUUUAUUUAAAUUAAUAUAUUUUACUUUUUAUUUAUAUAUUGAGCUAUUUAUAGCGAAAUUAAAUUAUAAAAAAUACAUUUUAUAAGAUAUUUCUGAAUUGCGACUAAAUAUUUUUAUUAUUUUUAUGCACUUUUUAUUAUUUUUAGAUUAAUAUGAGAAAUCAAGAAGAGCAAGUAAGUGACUCGAAGAAGUAGAAGGUGAAGAGGAGGGUUCUAAUGAUUCGACCUCAGAGACGGAGGAUAAUGUGGAGGAAGAAAUACAUAUCAACCCUGAUUCCGAAUUUUCAAACGAAUCUUCAGAACCUGAGGAUGACAUCAUACGAUUAAGUAAGAGACAGAGAACUGAAAUUAUAGACUCUGAUGACUUUAGAGGAUAUUCAUGAAACUAAUUCCCCUCAAACUUCAAACCAAGGCAACCAGCGUGUUCUUCAAGUAACUCCCAGAUUCCUUUAUGGUAAAAACAAACAUAAAUGGUCGUCUCUACCUAGAUCAGUUACUUCUCGUACUCUGAGAGGGAACAUCGUACAUUUUAUACGAGGUCCAAGAGGAGAAGCUAGGGAAUUACAUAAACCAAUAGAUUUACGACGCGAUUUUGUCAUAAAGAUGGGAGACCAACUUAUGGACCCUUGGUUAAGGGAGCGAUUACAAACGGUGACUUUGAGGCAUGACAUCAAGGUUAUGACAAAAGAUAUUCUUGGUGAGUCAUCAGAUCCUGAAUACCCUGUUCAUUCUGUGACCAAUGUGCGUAAAAAAUGUUACUUAUGUCCAUCAAAGGCUCGUAGGAUGACAAAACAUCGAUGCAUUAAAUGCAAAAUGCCAUUUUUGGAUCGCACAAUAUUGACGUUUAUAGUAGCUGUGCAAAAUAAUUACUUAUUGUUAAAUGUCUUUCACAUCAGUUGCUAUUAAACCAAACUUAAGUGUCAUGUAACCAGUUCCUAUUUUUAAUAAAUACUUUAGAUAAUUUUCAUGUUUUUUAUUGCGUAGUCUGCCUGACGAAAGUUUAGUUACUAUGUAUCUACGAAUAUAGUUUAGUUACCUAGGGUUAAGGUCAAAGCAUUUUUGAAGAAGAAGAAGCUCGGGUGGAGGCUCCGAUUAUUCUAUUUAAUCAAGUAUACAAACGAAUUUCUGCAGCUACAGGUUAGUGUUGUCUACUUUCUUUUUGUAAAUUACCCGAUAUUUUUUUCAUUGAUUACUUUUUAACAUAAUUGUAACUUAAAAAAUAUAAAGCUGAGUGAUUCAACUACCUAUAGUUCUCGUCGCGUAAAAAUAACGCUGGAAUAAUCUGAGGGGCUCUCCCGCAUAGGUACGUUUGGCUUAGCGUAAAUUCUUUCCACUCCACUGCCUUCUAGCGUUCUUCUUACGUGACGCAAUUUGUACGCAAGCCGCAUAAAAAAUAGUUACUCAUAUUUUAACUACAGUAUGUAAAUACUUAAUUAAUUUUGUCUAUAUUUUAGGUGUGAAUCAAGGGCUAAUUUCAAAAAUAGUUAAAGAAGGGCAUGCAGCAGAAGAAGCUGGUACAAAAAUUCGGACCCCAGGCAAGGAGAGGAAACGUCAAAGUGGGUUUAUUCAUGUUGAUGAUUUUGACAUGGGGGUUAUCUGGAGGAAAGUACAUGAAUUUUACUCUAUUAAAAAUGAGUUACCGAAUGUUAAGAAGCUCCUAGAGGUCUUAAAAACAGAAAAAAAUUACACAGGACAAAGAGAAAGUCUACGAAAGCUGCUCCACAAAAUGGAUUUUCGCUUUAAAAAGUCGCAGUCUAAUCGUAAAAUGCUCAUGGUGCGCAAUGAAGUAUCAGCUUGGAGAGCAAAAUACUUGCAUGCUGUAGAAAAAAAAUAUAAAUCUCCACAGCCUCGGCCGCUAAUUUAUUUGGAUGAAACCUAUAUACAUUCAAUUCAUACAUCAGGUAAAUGCUAGCAAGGAGAGGGUGUAGAUGGAGUGUUAGAGCCUGUAUCAAAAGGGCAAAGAUAUAUUAUUGUUCAUGCGGGAGGGGAUACCGGAUAUGUCCAAAAUGCUCUUCUAGUUUUUAAGUCCAACACAAAAAGUGGUGACUAUCAUGACGACAUGAAUGGUACUAACUUUAAAAAGUGGGUUAUUGAAAAACUUGUGCCUAAUUUACAAGAGCCAUCAAUUAUAGUAAUGGAUAAUGCCCCUUAUCACCGUAUUUGUGUAAAUAAAAUACCAAAUACUAAUUCUUUAAAGGAAGAUAUGCAAUUAUGGUUGACACAAAAUAAAAUUGACUACGGAGAGGAGUUUACGAAACCACAGCUGUUAGAAAUAAUUAAGAGAAAUAAGCCUGAACCUGUGUAUGAAAUUGAAAAAAUAUUAGAAGAAAAUGGACACAAAUGCUUAUACUUACCUCCCUAUCAUUGUGAUCUCAAUCCCAUCGAAUUAAUACGGAGCUCGAUGAAAAGAAAAGUUGCAGAUAUAAAUAUUGACCACAAAAAUUCUGAGAUUCCCCUAGUUCAAGAAGCUUUUGAAAGUAUAACGGUCAGAGAGUGGGCUCAGCAUUGCAAUCAUGUUCGCAAGUUACAAGCAGAAUAUUUGAAGCAUGAUGUGUAUUUGGAUAAACCGUUCAUUAUAGAAGUGAUAAGUGAUUCGGAAACUGAAAGAGACAGUGAUAAUGAUGACAUGGAUAUCACUUUUGCCUUAAGAUCUAACUAACUUCCAUCAACAGAACAUAACAUUACUGUCCACGAGUGUAACACCCAGUCUCCUAUGAUUUCUUGCCCUUGUCCCAUAAAAUAUCUAGGAGUAUUGCUAGACCAAACCCUCACCUUCAACUACCAUCUCGAUCUUCUAGCAUCAGGGCUUCGAAAAAUGAUUUAUAUUUUUAGAAAUCUAAGAGGUGUUGCAAAGCGGUAAAUUAUUAAAACCGUUUAUUAUGCGUUAUGCUACUCUUUAUUGGAAUACUGCAUCACCUCUUGGGGUGGGGCCGCAAAAACACACCUACUGGCGGUGGAGAGAUCCCAGCGCAUAUUGCUCAAAGUGGCUGCAGGACUCCCAUAUGAAAAAUAGGGUUCACCAAACGCUUUGGAUUACGUCGUUGCCUUUCGAUAUUGCAUUGAGAAGUCUUAGUUGCUUUUCUUGUUGUGACAGUUCUAUAUCUUGUAAACAUGCGAAACAUCUUGGAGUACUGAAAGUGGGAUUGUUUAUAAAAAAUACGAUGUUGGCUAUGCCUUCUUCGACAUCCAAAAAUGAUGAUGAUGUUUUGAUGAAGCCAAUGGAUACUGACGAAACUGAAUCAAUUCCCUUUUCUUUUCAAAAUUAAAUUAAUAACCAUUUUUGAAAACACAAAUGACUUGAAACAUUGUUCUACGUCAAUGUCAAACUCCGACAUAGCCCUAAAAGAAAAAUAUUGUCUUAAAUUGCCGGAAAUCAGUAGCGGAUCCAGGGGGGGGGCUAAGGGGCUCAAGCCCCCCCCAAAGGCAUUUGGGUCCGCCCCUGACAAAUCUCACACUUUAUUAUCCUACUUACUUUCUUAGACUCUUAACAGAGAAUAAAUAAUAUACUGUUAUACUAUUACAGUGGGGAAGAAUCUAUAUAUCACGAUUCCCAUCAUGAAAAAUCUAAUCUAUUGGGUCAACUGUACGGUACUUUAAACUGUGACGUGACGAGUUUUAAAUUCGCGCGCCAAUCGAGCGCGGACGCGCUUGUCGCGAGCUGCGCUGGUACUUGUGCUUGAGAUAGAGAUAUACCGUACGCACACAUCUCUACACCCACGGCCGGCCGUACGCAGCGUACGGCCGGCCGGUACGUGGGUGUGUGUUGGUAGCAUUGCGGGCGGAGCGAGCUUUGAUUUGAUUUUGAUUGAUUAGUUGCACAAAAACAAUAGACGGGUGUGUUACGCAGUGCUUCUGCUUAUUCAAGUGUUUUAAGUUGUUAUUUGGGUCUGGGCGUGCUUUGCUUUUGUUCAAUUUUGAAAAAAAAUGACAUCAAAACGUAGUAAGCAAGGAGAUCUUCGUUCGUUUUUUAUUCCGAAACGAAAGAAAGAGGAGGACGAAUCGCGCGAUAAUGAACCAAUAUUACCGAGACACAACGUCAGCAACUUAAUAUUGUCGACCCAAAAUUCAUCAGAGCCGGAACCAGUGCCAGAGGCUAGUACAUCCACUGCUUGCGCUGAAUAUCGUUUUGAUAUUUCUUAUGCAAUAGGAAAAUCACUAAGUAACGAGAAAAAGUAUAAAUAUCUGACGGAGUCUUUAGAACCACCUCGUAGUUAUGAAUAUCCAGAGCAGACAGAGGGUGGACAAAAAAGAAAGUUCAGAUCUGAUUGGCUAAAGGAAUACUCCUGGCUAGUCUAUAGUCAAGAACAGAACGGCGCAUAUUGUUUGCCUUGCGUACUAUUUUCUGGUCCAGAUAGUGGGGGCAAGCAUUCUGUGGCUUUAGGAUCUUUAGUGACUCGUCCACUUUGCAAAUAUAAAAAAGCAUUAGAAAUUUUCAAAAACCAUUCCGCUACCGAUUACCACAAAAUGGCGGUGUUAAAAAGUACAAAUUUUAAAAGUUCAUAUGAAAACCCUGAAAAAGCUGUAAAUAAUUUAAUCGAAACUGAGAAACUUAAAAUGAUUAAAUCAAAUAGAGAGCGGCUGAUUCCUAUAGUUAAGACGAUUAUACUGUGUGGUCGAGAAAAUAUACCCUUAAGAGGCCACCGAGAUGAUGGUACAUUGAGUGAUGAUAUCGGCCAAGGAAAAUUUCGAGCACUGUUAAAAUUUCGUAUUGACUCAGGUGAUUCAUCACUCCAAAAACAUUUAGAAACAGCGCCAAAAAAUGCUACAUAUCUAAGCAAAACAACUCAGAAUCAGCUGAUUGAUUGUUGCCAUUCUGUUAUACUGAAAAAGGUACUUGACAAAGUCAAAGAAGCAAAAUAUUAUGCCGUUCUUGGCGACGAAACAACCGAUGCCAGUGGAACAGAACAACUCAGUAUAUGUAUCAGGUAUUUGGAUAUAAAAGAGAGCACAAUACACGAAGAGUUCAUAUGCUUUCUAUCUGCAACUGACUUGACUGGUGCUGCAUUAAGCAAUCAAAUCAUUCAAGAAUUAAAUCAAGUUGGCUUACAAAUUGAGAAUUUGAGAGGUCAAGGUUAUGACGGAGGAGCUAACAUGUCAGGAAAGUAUAGUGGCGUACAAUCCCAAAUAAAACAGCUUCAACCGCUAGCGACUUAUAUGCACUGUGCAGCACAUAAACUGAACCUAGCUAUCGUAAAGGCCUGCAGCUUACCUAGUGUUCGCAAUAUGAUGGGAGUUGUAAGUAGUGUUACCGUUUUUGUGCGUGAAUCAUCAAAAAGAUUGGGACUUAUCAAACAAGCCAUCCUUGAAAAACACCCUGAGGCGAAAAGAGUUAAAUUACAAAAUCUAAGUGAUACACACUGGCUUGAAAGGCAUGAUGCACUCCUUCAAUUCAAAGAACUCUUUGACUCUAUCAUACAAUUCCUUGAAGAAUUUGACAGAAUUUCUCCGUCUUCAAAAAGUGCAAGUCUUCUGGCUUCCAUUCAACGAUUUGACUUUGUUUUACCUUUGGCGGUAACCGCCGCUGUAUUUGAAAUUACUGUUUCGCUUUCACGGCAACUUCAGGCUGUUGCAUUAGACCUUAACCUUUGCUAUGAGAUGGUAGACAGUGUAAUUAGAAUAUUGGAAAGGUACAGAGAAACUAAAUAUGAAGAAAUUUUCCAAGAGGCGUGUCGUAUUGUAGAGCCUUUGGACAUCCCAGUGCAGGCACCCAGAACCACCAAACGUUCAACUCAUCGCUCAAAUAUAGAAGCGCCUGAUGCUAAGGAAUACUACAGAUUGAAUGUAUUCCUUCCUUUCAUCGAUUUUGUAUUGGGACAGCUUAGGAGUCGCUUUUCGAGAGCAGAGCACUCUUCAAUUCUCGACCUGUUCACCCUUAUACCAAGUGCCAUCGUAAAAAUAGAAAAUCUGAACUCCAUAGAGGCAGCUGCGCGUGUUUACAGCAGCGACUUACCUCAUCCUCUCUCGUUAUCAGGAGAAAUAACUCUUUGGAAAGAGCUUUGGAAAGACAGGGAACAUCUUCCCCAAACAGCAGCAGAGGCCCAUCAAGAGGCAAAUGAGUUUUUCCCAAAUGUUAAAAUUUUAUUGCAAAUACUUGCUACAUUACCAGUAUCCACUUGUAGUGUGGAGCGCAGCUUCUCUUCGCUCAAACUAAUAAAAUCGUACCUUCGCACGACAAUGACUGAAGAGAGGUUGAAUGGUUUGGCUGCAAUGUAUAUUCACCGAGACAUAUCCCGCAGCCUACAACCAGUCGAAGUCAUUGAAGAAUAUUCAAAAAGACACUCGAGGAGACUCACUAUGCAUUAAAUGACAAAAAAAAUAAAAUUUUGAAUGCUUUUUUGUGUUUAUCUUGACGUAGUUGAAGGUAGGCUUUAAUAAAGCCCCUCCCAAACCAAAAUCCUGGAUCCGCCACUGCCGGAAAUUAUUAACGCUUCAAAAUCCACUCUAGAAACUGUCUAGGAUGCAGUUGUGGACCAGACAGAAUUUGAAAAGUUCAUUAAUCAAUGCCCAAAAAUACAAAAUUUUGAAGACAUCAUCGACCCCACAUCAAUUUACAAUAAUUUAGCUCCUCUUCAGGUUACUUCUAAUAAAAGAGAAUUAACAGACAACAGCAACGAUGCAUUGUAUUAAGAAAACGAAGGACAUAGAAUACAAGAUAAACGGAAGUCUAACUUUUUUAUCGGCAAAAUUAUAAAAAGAAUGCGACAUUCUUUAGACUAAAAAAUAAUGUUUUUAAGGAAAGGUCAGGGCAAAUCAAAGAAAUUUGGUAAGUAAUUAGUGAUGAUGAUCUUGUACCUGAAUCUCGAAUUUUGCGACGUUUAGAUAUGCCAGAGAAAUCAAGAGGGCAAUUUACAUAAAAAAAAUAUAUAUAUAAACUUUAAAUAAAAAUGACUGAUAAUAGUGAUGAUGAUCUUGUACCUGAAUCUCGAUAUUGACUGAAUAAAAAUGACUGAUAGAUACUCAGACAAGACAGAUUAAUAAUUUAAUUUUGAUUAACAGGACUUGAGGAUUCCUACUUACUAUUUAAUUUAGUAUUAAAAAUGGCAAAUAAUAGGAUAUUUUAUGAAACAAGAUUUUAAGUUUUGGAAGCUUUUUGUAUUCGUAAGUGGCAUGUUUUGAACCAAACUUAAAAUUAUUUUAUUAAACUUGGUUGAAUAUUUUAUUGAAUAGGAAAUAUUUCUCUCAUUGCGUUUGUUAAACAAAAAUAAUUUAUUAAAAUAAGUAUUUCCGACAUAUUCUCAGCUACAAUCCCGAAACAGAAUAUGGACAACUAAAGUAGAAAAUUGGGUAGAACCUAAAUUCAGUGAAGGUUUGCACCCAACAAAAGAAUACAAUCAUAGAAGCACACCGAUACAGUAUUUCAAUAACAUUUUUCCAGAAGAACUUUUUGAAAUGAUUGUAUUAUAUACUAAUAAAUAUGCAAGACUAAAGCGUAGCAAGUUUUGGAAAGAUACUGACGUAAAUGAAGUCAAAGCAUUUCUUGCAAUCGCGAUUCUCAUGGGCCUAAACCCUUUGCCAGAUAUUGAAUUAUAUUGGAGUUCAUAUCCAUUUUACAACAAUAUAGAAAUAAGUGGUACCAUGACUUGCAAAAGAUUCAAAAAACUUCUGGAGAACAUACACGCGUGUGAUAUUACAACCCAUUUACCCUGUGACCACAGUGACCAUGAUAAAUUACAAAAAAUAAGACCUAUGCUUUCUAUACUAAACAGGACUUUUCAAGAGAAUGCCACCAACUCACAAUCUUAGUCAAUAGACGAGAGUAUGAUAAAAUUUAUGGGGCGUGAUACUAAAAAGCAAUACAUGCCUAUGAAGCCAAUAAAAAGAGGGUUUAAAGCAUGGUGCCGUUGUGACUCUGAAAGUGGAUAUCUCUAUCAGUGCGACAUAUACGUAGGCAAAGAUAAUGAAUCUAACGAAGAAGGGCUGGGUUACAGAGUUGUAAACAAAUUGACUCAAAGUUUACCAAGGAAUACACUAUUGACCUUUGAUAACUUUUUUACUUCUGUAGCUCUUAUGGAAUGCCUUCAUAACAGAGGAAUUUUCGCGAAUAGCUAUUCAAAAAGCUCGAACUCCGGAAGAGCGCAACUGAUCAAGGAAAAUAAACUCGAACCAGGUGAGUUUACUUUCCGCGUUUGCCCUCCUUCAGCUGUAAUAAAAUGGAAAGACUCAAAAGAUGUUUACGUAAUUACUACUGCUAUUGACCCUAAAAGAAAUGUAACAAUACAAAGAACCAAAAAGGAUGGGCAAAAAAAGAAUAUACUUUGCCCAUCUGCGAUAGCAGAAUAUACGAGACAUAUAGGGGGAGAAGAUCAUUUUGAUCACUUCUGAAGUUCGUAUUCUAUAGGUCGCAGAUCUAAUAAAUCCUGGUUUAGGAUGUUCUGGUUCCUUUUUGAGAGCGCUGUGAUUAAUUCGUAUAUAUUGUAUAAAUACAAAAAUGAAACUCGCCAAAACAUUCACAGGGAUUUUAGAUUGCGAUUGGCCAUAAGUUUGAAGUCUCAAUAUCUGACACUAAAAAAACAAGAUCCAGUUAUAUUCAAAAACAAAAAAGGCGGACGUUUUGGUGUGCCUGACGAGAUAAGAUUGAGCCCGCAAGAACAUUUUUUGAAAUUGUCGACUUUUAAGCGUUGCCGAUUCUGCAGUACACGCAAACAAGAAAAGCGUUCCAAAUACAUGUGUGAAAUUUGUAAAGUUACAUUAUGCGUUGAUCCAUGUAUGAAAGCGUUCCACCUAGCUUCUUCUGGUUCUGGGGCAUAAAUACAUUUCAUUUAUACAUUUCAUCAAAAAAUAAUAACAGUUAUGAUUAUAAUACGAAAGAAUAAUAUUUUUGUUUUAUUUGAAACUCUUUACAAAAUAAAAGUAAAUAAGUAAAAUAAAUAAAUUAUAUAUAAUUAUAUAAUAUAAUUUAUGUGUAAUUAAACUAAUUAAAUUAUGUGUUCAUGAAUUCAUGAAGAAUUUAUAAUUCUCUUCCCAGAUUUUCGCACCGCCUUGUUUUUCUCAGUACCCAGCUCUCAAGUUGACUGGUAGAGAAUGCCAUAUGGCAUUAAGUCCGCCAUUUGUACUGUUUUUGUGCAAUGAAGUUUAAAUAAAUAAAUAAAUAAUGAAUAGACUAGCCUUCACCAUUUUAUAUAUAGAUAUGCAGAUAAGAGUUGUCUCUACCCAGGCAAUGGGAUUAUGUUUUCCCACAUCAUUUUUUCAGCUAUUUCAGUGUUUUUUCAGUAAUUUGUUGAUAAGAAAUAGGAAAGGGCGUUAUUUUAAGCCUAAAUCCAUAUAUAACACUUAAUAUACAGUAGCGGUUUACCGCGGCCUGUUUAAGGGUUAAAAUAUAAGACUAAUUAGUUAAGUAAUUGUUGAUUUUUCAACACAGUUCCUACUAAUUAUUAAAAGAAAUUUUUUAAAGUUUUUAAUUUUUUAGAAGGGUAUUAUGUUUUUCUAUGUUUUUUACUGUUGGGUAUUUCCAUGAAACAUUACCCUACUGUGAUUAAAAUUCAAUUAUAUUAUUUACUAAAACAAAAACCAUAUCUGGAGUUCUAAAUAAACAUACUCUCAAAAAUUUGUAAAAAUAAAAAUUUUAGCUCUUUUCCAAAAUUAUAUACAUUAAUCAAUUUGUAUGUCAACCUCCUUUGUUCUACAUAGCACCUCCUAUUUUUUUAAGUUUGUUAUCUUGUGGACAAAUAGAGAAGAAAGAAAUACUUCAUCUGCCAUCCAGUCGACGUUAUCACAUAUUGGAACUAUAAGUCGAAAGAACCAUUUAAAAAGGCUCAUUUAACUUUCUGAUUGAAAUAGCCAGUCAUACAUUUGCUUCAUUCCCUCGUUCUGCUAAGAAACUUCUAGAAGAAGUUUGUUGUUAUAUAGAAAGUGAAGAAUGUAUGACAAAUAAGUGUACACAGUGUGAUAACGUAACUGAUAUAAUACCUUUGACAUAUGAUCGUGACACAAUCACAUCAUGAAACCAGUGGAAAGAACUUAAGGGUCGUUUACAAGUUCAAUUGAAGACAGGCACCGUUGCUGAUUUCAUAAAAUUAUUUGAGGCUCAACUAAAAAGUUUAAGACACUGGUUUGUGAAAAAGUUCAGAACAAACACUUCAAAGAAAUGAGAGAAAGAAUAUCCUAAGACCUCUGCUGCAAGUAGAUUUCGCUGAGAAUUUCGCAAUUAUAUCGCAGGACGAUAUUCAAAGGCGACAUCAACAGGCCACAGUUUUUACCAGAUGUGCUUUGGUACGAGAAGUUAUAGAAUCUCGAUCUUACGCAAUCAUUAGUGAGGACCUUAGCAACAACAAAGUUUGUGUAUUGGUGUUCAUCAAAAUGAUUUAAAGAACUGAUAACAUCCAAAAAAAUCAGGGUAGUUCACAUCUUCUGGGAUGGCUGCGAAGCACAGCUCAAGAAUCGGUAUAAUUUGUACAACUUCAGAAGAUUUGGCUUUUGGAUGGCUGCAAUAAUACAAGGUUUCUAUGAUAACUGUCCUUCAAUUAAAGUUAUGGUGGUUAUGGCUGCAUCUCAUUACGUGACGAUUCUGCCAAUGCCUGGGUGGCAACUGUCCUUAUAAAUUGCUAAUGGAUUGUCAAAUUGAAAGUUAUUGCUAUAAAUGUUGAGUCACCUACACAAUUAGGCCCUUCUGGGCUGAAACUGAGGAUGCACUCGGGAAUAACACUUAAAUGAUUGAUUCAAAUAUAGGUGAUAUCUACUUUAAAGAAAGUAUGAACAUAUUUAUGCGUAUCUGCAUAAAUUAUUUUAACAACAACAUUAGAUUAGCAUUUACUAAACACAAAAAAUUUUAAACACAACCUUCCAUUUUUUUUUUGUAUAUAGGUCCGACAAAUGACUCCACCCGACCUGAUUUUCAGUGAAGGUGAAGUCCAGACGCGAAGAUAGCUGAUACAUUUUACAUGUUGGUUAAAUAAAACUUUGACAGCCCUAACACUUUUUCCAUUCACCCCGUUACGGGUUUCUAUUGACUCCAGUCGCUGGGUGAAUAGAACUUGUUAAUAUUUUUCGAUUUAACUGGAAAAUGUUUGCUUAGUAUCUAGGAUCUUUGUAUACGGGUACCAGACAUAAUAUAAAAUCACCUGAGAUUAAAAGAAAAGCCUACUAACAAGAAAAUCUUCAGACAAAGUUCAAAUCCAUUGCUAUUCACCCCGUUUUACGGUACACUCUUCCCUUAUUUCAUUACCUUCCCAGGGCUCAUCACAUUCCAGUGAUUUUCUUGUAAAUUAAAGCUUUUCGCAGUCAGCACUCGUAGAUACUAUCAAUUCAUUUUCAAUAAAAUUGUGUCUUUUCACAUCUCAUUCAUAUUGUAUUAGUUAAUAACAAACAUUUAAUAGUAAAUGUGUGGAUCUGAGGCAUAUGUCACUCUUACGUCUACGCCGUUCACCCAGUAUUAACAAUACUUGGAUCUACGUAAUCUAAGUUAAAAGGCAACGUACACCAACAUCUACCCUGGGAUCCUCGUAGUUGAAUUUAGUGAAUGGGAGAUACUUUCUGUGGCGCGUAUUAUUCCCUUCUUUCCAACUCCAACGAUCGCCAAGGUUUAUGAAUUGAAUGAAAUGAAAAUGCAACUUCAUGUGCGCAUCGGCGCACAAACG